AAGUUUUGAUUGAUGGGUUAUAUAUAAUAUAUCAUAAUGAUGAAUAACGGUGGUAUUCACAUGAAGCUCACCAUUUUCACCUAUAUACUUUGCUGCUCUUACUACAGAUAGACCCCUAAAAAAGACCCUAAAUUUAGCAAACAAUGGAAGCCUUGUGGAAGUUGGAGGAGAAACUGAAUCUAACAACCAAAGAAGCAGUUGUGAUCUUGGUCGGAACAGCGGCUGCAGUAACGCUACUCUGCAUAGCCGCAGCGUUUCUUAACCGCAAUUCUCGAGGGAAGCAAGUAGCAGACGCGGAGUGGGCGUUCGAAGCAGCGGUUGUAUCGAGAGCUAUGGAGGAAAAGAGAGAAUGUAAGUGGAGUAAAGUGAAGAGAACAUUGAUGGGUUCGUUUUGUUGGAGCUCUGGAGCCAAGUGGAUGGAGAUAGAAACGCUAAGGCCGCCUCCAUUGCUUGCAGCUAAAGAAAGGAGUCUUAAUGCGGUUGAUCCGGUUUGGAAGCGACCGAUUCUGAUGGGUGAGAAAUGUGAAUUACCGCGGUUUAGCGGUCUUAUAUUGUAUGAUGAAUGUGGCCUUCCUCGUCAUCAUCCUCAACUUCAAGAACAAGUAAAACAGAGCUCUAUGGUAAGAACAACUCUGAGAGAUUUGCUGUAACAAUGGUUUUCCCUGCAAGGAAGUCUCUUGAAAGUUUCGUGUACUACAGGUUAAAACCCCGAUGAAAGGUCAGAUUAUGAGUGCGGAAGAAAUAUGUUUCUGAAAACAAUGUCCUAUAUGAUGUAGAUGCAAAUGUUCUUUCCUUUCUUGUGUUCUUGUUUGCUUAUUAGAGAGACAAAGAGUAGCUUAAUCUUAUUAUGAACAAAAGAUUUGCUAGCAAAUUUGUGUAUUUGUAUUAUUGAUUGCUUGGUGUGGACAAAGAAAGAAGAGUUCUUAUGAAA